ACUCGAGGGCUGGGGUUUGGUUUUUCUCCCCCACUCCUUUGUAACAUGGGAAGCCAACAACAAGGAUUUCCAGGAAGGCUCUGCAUUCCCCAGCCCAUUUUGGCACCAACGCCGCCGGUCUGACAGCCCUUUCCACGGCCGCCUGACGCGCCUUGGCCGCCCUCAACCUGGGCGUGCUCAGCGUCCCCAGGAGCGUGUUGUGGGGGGGAGCGGGGAGCGAAAAAGCUGGCGCUCCGCCACGGCCCGCGGCUCCCAAUCAUCCUCGGGGAAACAUCAGCGGAGGCGGAGCUGGGCUCCCGCGUGGCCGGUGGCUGGGAUGGGAGGAGCCGGCGGCAUGCUCGGGACGGUGCUCUGUUACGUCCUCUUGCCGCUAACGCGGCUCGUUCGCUCUUUGCAAGAUGCUUUAUUUACAUGUCGAAAGAAUGUGCUUCUGGCAAAGAGCACGACCACCCAUAUAGACAACUUUUCUCCUUCAAUCAGUGGAAAGUCAGUUCCAGAGGAGCAACAAGCCCUGCUGCAGCAGUGGCUAGAAGAAGGAGCUAGUGAAUUGCACCCCAAUGAGUGUGGGUCAGAACCAGAGAAGGUGUCAGUCAUUUCCUUUACUGAGUGGCGGGAAGGCUCAGAGCUACUAAUGACAAGCUUAAGUGACCUGCACAUAUCACCUCAGUCUGGUGACCAGGAGCAGCCACAGCAACAGCAUGUGGUCCAGACUGAAAUGUCUCCUGCACUACAGGAAUUUGUAGAAACAGCCUUGGCAAAUAUACCAGCAGAAGAACAAGAGGCCUUGGGUGACAGUGCUGUAUGGGCAGCAGUAAGGACGCAAACUGAUAGUGGGAUUGUCGAUGCUGCUCCUUUGUCCACAGAUGUGUGGAUUGAAGACCCUGCUGUAAUUGCUUGGAGUCCUGCACAGGAAGGUGACAUGGUAUCAGCACAGGGAGAAGUGUGGCCUUUUCAGAACACGGGUCAAUUUCAGCCAGUCUCACUUGAGAUACCAUAUCAUGAAAUUCUGUGGAGGGACUGGGAAGAUCUUUCUGCAUUCUGUAUCCCAGAGUUGGGUUCUGAGGCUGGUUGUUUAUUUGAAUUCAGAGUCAUGUCCUACAACAUUUUGGCCCAGGACCUGAUAGAACAGAGCCCUCAUCUCUACAUGCAUUGCCACCCAGAUAUUCUGAACUGGAGCUAUCGUCUCACAAAUCUGUUGCAGGAGAUUCAGCACUGGGAUCCUGACGUUCUGUGCCUCCAAGAAGUUCAAGAGAAUCACUAUUGGGAACAGCUGGAACCUGCACUUAUAAUGAUGGGCUUUACCUGCAUCUUUAAGCGCCGCACAGGAAGAAAGACAGAUGGAUGUGCAAUCUGCUACAAGCAGAACAAGUUCCAGUUGAUUAACGCUAAUCCUGUGGAAUACUUCCGGCCUGGCUUCGAUGUCCUUAACAGGGACAAUGUGGGUCUGGUAGUACUGCUACAGCCCUUGCUCCCAGAAAAUAUGGGGGACAAGGCAAGCAGCCCUUUAUGUGUUGCAAACACUCAUGUGUUGUACAAUCCACGUAGGGGAGAUAUUAAACUAGUCCAGAUGGCUCUACUCCUAGCAGAAAUUGACAAGAUUGCAAAAAUGACUGAUGGUAGCUACUGCCCUGUCAUCUUAUGUGGGGACCUGAAUUCUGUGCCUGACUCACCCCUCUACAAGUUUAUCCGAAAUGGCCAGUUAUAUUACCAUGGAAUGCCAGCUUGGAAGGUGUCUGGGCAGGAAGAAUUCUGUCAGGCUGUCCACCAGCGGAAAUUACAAACUCCCCUCUGGCCCAGCUGUUUAGGUAUAACUGAUAGUUGCCAGUUUGUUAACCUGUGCCAGAGUAAGAAGUCAGACAGGCGCAAAUACAGCCGUGCAUUUCUGCUUCAAUUUCGUUAUUGUGAUGUUGCCUGUGAGCGACCUGCAGAUUUGAUCAUGUUGGAAGGGGUGACAGAUGCUGUACCAGACCGUCCCGCACACUGGCUUAAAGAACUCGCUGUAGUGAACAACUCUGAUUCAGAACUCUUUUGUUCAAGGUAUCCAGGCACUAUUCAGCACGGUCUCAAUCUGACCUCUGCCUACAGCCACUUCUUGCCUGAGAGAGGUCGCCCUGAGAUUACCACCAUGCCAAUGGGCGUGGGGGCCACUGUUGAUUACAUCUUCUACUCAGCAAAGCCGAUCAGGAAUGAUAACCAGGAAUAUCGCAGAAUGUACCAAGAUGGAGCCCUGAAGCUUCUUGGCCGCCUCUCCCUCCUCUCUGAAGACAUCCUUUGGUCAGCAAAUGGCUUGCCAAACCCUUUCUAUUCAUCAGAUCAUCUUUGUCUGCUGACCAGUUUUGGCCUAGAGAUCUCUGACUGCUGAUCAUGUGCCAGAUCUGUAAGACUCUCACAGGAGUUAGACUGACUGGAAGAAUCAUGCCAUUUUCAUCAGCUAACCAAAAAAAAAACUCCAAACCGCAGCAAUUUUUUAAUCCCCUAUCCCCUUCUCUAUGCCAUUGUUCUUUUCUCCCAUGCUUUUUUCACGAGGAAAUAAUAUUUGGGUUAUGCUGCUGUUUCAGUUCUGUGAGAUUCACUGCCAGUUUAUGCCUGCUAGUACUCUGGCAUAUUGCUCCAUUAUUUUAAAGAGCAUAGUUUAAAGUGCAAAUCAGCAGGAUUCUCUGUUUUGCUCUCCACAGUUUGGCAAGGAUACUUUGCUACCAUGAUCUAGGAAUGAGCAGGACUUGUCACUGUUCACCAUAACAUUUUAGUGGUAAAAGAAGAGGUGAUUUGAACCUGAGUCUUACUGACUUUUUCUGCAUCUUAUUUUUUGCUGCAAGCAGCAAGGAGCAUUUGUACUGUCUUCCCUUGUCCAGUGGUCAAGGUGGUGGCACUCCCUUGUUUUGCCAAAGUGUAGCUCUUUUGGUGCUUAUGCUGCUUGAAACCACUAGAGGCUGGUGCUCGUUGAUUGGAGUGUCUGAUUUACAUACUUAGAAAUGAAAUAAAGCCAACUGGUGUCAACCAGCCACACAGAUAGACUCUUCUGUUGGAGUCCACUGACUGGACUUUAGUUUUUCUUCAUGAGCACCAGACACAUUUGUAAGCCUUCAGCUUAUACUAUGAAGGAGUUGUACCAUAGCUCUAAGAGCCCAGUUGCAUUUUGUUCUCAGGUUCUGUUUUAUUUCUUAAAAUUGCUUCUUGCUCAUAAGCUUGGGACAUUGUUGUUGUCUCAGAUGGAAUCCAGGUUUGCAUAGAAGAGAAGACUGUUGUUCCUUUUUUUUUCUUUGUUUACAGCUUGAAAAGCACAUCACUGGGUACCUCAGCUGGGCCUGGCAAUUGCAGGUAACAGUUUUAUCAUCAGUGAAUUGUGGCUGCAGAGUAUGGCAAGCUUUUAGGUAAACCAACCAGUUUCCUCGAUGCAUGAAAAUCAUCUUAAUCCAGCUGUGCGUGGGCUAUGGCACGAUUAUAUUUCAGAAAAGAAUUGGGAGUUUAAAGUAUUUUUUAAUGUUUUUGCAGAAUCAAAUAAAAAAUAAAAUUAUAUGAUUUCAGAAAUGUUGUAAAUUCUGCUUGUUGAGAGUAGCAUACAUGAUUGAACAGAAAUAUUUGAUGGCAGAGAUUUAGCUGUGAGACUGCCCUCUGGUGGACAUAGUAGAUAAUGCUUAGGAUUCAUGGUGCUCUGUAUGUUUUCUCUGUAAAACAUUUAAGCGGAAGCAAAGUGUGCUUAAAACAGUGAAUGCAGAUCUUCUUUAAAGUCACCUACCUGUGUAUAAUAAGUCCUAGGAAUUCUGAUGCUUUCUAGAAGGGGUAGGGGAAGUUAUAUGCUUUAUGGGUUGGAAAAUUUGGAUUAGUAAGGCAGUUUAAAAGAUACGUUGUUCUUGACAAGCGGACAGGCGAAGGAGAGUACUUUCUAAAAUAUUUUCUAAAAGGACUUGACACUCUUCCCACUGGUGAGAAGAACGGAGAUCAGGAUCUACUGAUAAAUUUCUGGGUGAUGUGCAGUAGAUCUUUGAUCAUUUCUGAUCCAACAAGAACAAUACUGUAGUUAAAUAAAUGAAAAAUGAAAAAAAGAACUGUGCCUGACCUUUUGCUAGUGACUGAUUGAUCAGUUUUGCUGUUCUUCACCUAUAAAAUAAGGGUACUACUCAGCUGUCUUUGGUUUGGUCUUUGUGUAGACUGUUCCUAGAAUUUUUUGUUAAAAUUCUUGAUCAAUUGUGACUUAGAUGUAGAGCAAGGAUCCAUAUAUGCAAGGAUUUGCAGAGUGUGGCUCAUGGAGCACAGGAGAGAACUGGUUUGACCCAUCACUAUUUGGCAUAUGGUUUUGGUCAAUGCCCUUUGGUGUAGUAAUUAAAGAAGAAGAAAACUGUGGGCCCUUGGAAUGUACUCAUCCAUCUUUUUAUGAGGGUUGUACAAUAACAAGUUGAGAGUGGAAUUCUGAGAAUCUCAGCUGUUUGAAAAAAACACUUAACAUAAUACUUGUUAAAAGAUAUGGGAACAUGGUUGAAAGUUGAGGACAAUAGCUAGAGAAAACUCAAAGACAAAAAGGCCUAGAAAGAUUGCUAGUGACUAAAGUGAAAAAUUUGUGUAGCUUCAGUGCUAUGUGUAGCUUCUUGCCUACCUCCUCCUGCCUUAAAUUUUGCAGAAGCAAAUAUCUGAGAGAGAUAGUGCAUGCAUGUAUUAAAUAUAUUUGUAUAUAUGAAUACAAAUACAUUUGUCUACAGCCCUGGAUAUAUACAUGUUUGCCACAGAGCACAGGUAGGAAACUUCCUGGAGCUGGUAGUUUAAAUUCAACCCUCCACCUACCCCAGCCUAUUAGGAACCACACUUUUGCUGCAGAUUGGCAAAAGUUGCGGCAGUUCCUUAUGGUGCAUCCUCAUGCACCAUGGAGCCCUGCAAAUUCCUUCCUUUUCAAGAGGAAGAGUCUAGCCAGUGCUGUCAAUUUUUGCAAUGGACUGCGGGAGCUCUGACGGCAGCAGAAAUGACUAGGUAGGGUUUGUGGCCUGUGGGCUGUUUGUUUCCCAAUUUUGCCUUAGCGAGUAGGAGAGACUGCAUUCCUAUACCACAAACCUAGGAUUUUAGCCAAUUGGAUGGGGUUGUUUAUGUUCAUGUAUAUAAAUAACAUCCACAACCUGCAUUUUUCUUCUGGGAAUUCAGAAGUGCUGUUUUCAUAUGUAUGUUGCAAAUGUUCACACAAUAUAAUAAGAAAUUUUC